AGGCACUCCGAGGGGCGGGCAGGCAUAUCCGCGGCGCGGCGGCGCUAGCCCCGGCAGUGCGGCGGCGGACGACGCACAGGGCGGAGCGGAGGCGGCUGCGGGCGCCGGGACCGUCUGUGCGCGGCGCUUCUCGAGAGGCGGCGGCGGCGAAGCGCCGCUGCCUGCCGGCCAUGUCGGGCCGGGGCAAGUCCGGCGGCAAGGCGCGGGCCAAGGCCAAGUCGCGCUCGUCGCGGGCUGGGCUGCAGUUCCCCGUGGGCCGGGUGCACCGGCUGCUGCGGAAGGGCAACUACGCGGAGCGAGUGGGCGCUGGGGCGCCGGUGUACCUGGCGGCGGUGCUGGAGUACCUCUCGGCUGAGAUUCUGGAGCUGGCGGGCAACGCGGCCCGCGACAACAAGAAGACGCGCAUCAUCCCGCGGCACCUGCAGCUCGCCAUCCGCAACGACGAGGAGCUCAACAAGCUGCUGGGCGGCGUGACCAUCGCCCAGGGCGGUGUCCUGCCCAACAUCCAGGCCGUGCUGCUCCCCAAGAAGACACAGAGUUCCAAGAAGUGAGCCCUGCUCCCCCACUCCCUGUUCCCGGCCCCCUCCUCACCACUACCCCUCCUCUCCUUCCAACUGGGAUGAAGUACCCCUUCCUGUCCUCCAGCCCGGGCUGGGUGGUGAGCUCUGGCAGCACCCCGUCAGCCCUCCUGUAGCCCCCCGGUCUAGGCUGUGGUGAGGUUCUGGGGAGCAUGGGUGAGGUCAGACCCUGCCCAUGUCCACGUCCUGUCCCUUUUCCCUCUGGAAGAAGUGUUUUUGGAGGAGGCAUCUGGAUCAUAGCUGGUGGUGGUGACAUCGGGAGCGGUAUGGUUGGGUCAUGGUGCAGAGCUGCUGGUAGCUGCUGAUGAUUGUUUGGCUGGUGUGGGGAUGAACGUGGGCACCGUGACUGCCUCUCUCCUCCACUUGCCCUGGGGCUGUGUAGGGUCCUCUCAGGUGGCCCUGCUCAUCCUGGCUUGAGGAUGGGACUUUCUGCUGCUGCACUCCCUUCCCCCAGCAAUGCCAUCCUGACUGCACUGCAGUGGGGAGGGCAGGGGGCUGGAAAAUGUGAAAAGGAGAAAAAGUUUCUCCGUUGGCAAGAAGUGACUGUUAGUUUUGUUAAUGGUAAAGCUAGUGCAUCGCCUACUGUAAAGAAGCUCUGGUCCUAUUUAUUUUAAGGUCUCUUAUUUUGGGUUACCUCCCUGUGAAGUUACCUUCCUACAGCUGCCUGGCUCGGUGCAUGCCGGGGGACUUGGUGGUCCCACAUGCCAUGGGUCCCGCUAGCGGGGCGGGGUGGAGGCUGCAGCGAUGAAUUCCCUUAGAGUGUCGCAAGGUCAGGCGGGAGCGGGAGCUGCCAUCUUCUGCUACGGCUCCCCUCCUCUCCUGGCUGCUGCAGCCCUUCGUCUUGCUGAGAGCUACCCUGUACCUUGGUUGCACUUCUGGAAAUGACAUGCCGUGUCCCUUUUUUUGUUGUUGUUUGUUUGCUCAACACUUUCUGGUUCUGAGAAAUAAAGUGAUGAUGCUAUCUGUUAACUGUAACCUUCCAUGGAUAAAUAUUUCUUUUUGAAAAUCACCCUAGAGUCUGUAUCGAGCCUGCCCUUAGCUAGUGCUGUGUUUAUUCGAUGGCUGUAUGGAUAAGGUGUGAGCAUGGGGGCAGGCGAGCUGUCCCGUGACACCCGGAAUGGCUGAUGCAGUGACAGCUUUCCGUGCUGCCCUGAGCAGCCUGCUCUGUGGCGGCUGACGGUCGUGUGCAUGCGGCAGUGUCUGGGCAAUCAGACCACAGACCUUCGUAACGUGUUUAAUUGAAACAAAAGAAAGGCAGCUUCUGUUUAUGUGCUGUCCGUGGCAUGUGUUCAACCUAUUCGAUCAGCUGUUAAAUCUUGUGGAUGAAGUAACUUACCCUGGCUCUGAGUUUAUUAUUAGCUGGAGUAGAGGAACCUAGUUGAUUGUUGCCUGGUCUUUAUGGAGGUUUUUUUCACUGCUUUGUGAAUCGUGGAAGCGGAGUCUCUGUUAGUGUUGUGCUUACAGGGGUGCGCUGGGGUGCCCUGACCCCAGAUGGGUGGGGGCAGCAGGACAUGGCCCCGUGGCUGUGGCAUGGACCCCCUGAGAUCUCUCUUCCUCCUGUCAAGUGACUUACCACCGGUGAGGUGGGGACGAGGAGUUUCCGUUCCGCUGCCCAGCACGGUAGUCAAUGUGUCUGUACCCCGAGUGUUGUGCUCUCUCCCUCCUGUUUCCUCCAGGACCAGUGUUCUGUACAACCCCUGAGUGCUUUGUAUUUCUUAGAAAAACGCAGUACUUGUGAUACUGACAAAGAACGGUGCAAACCCGAUGUCUGAUUAAACUGGUUCCCUGUUGAA